UAAGGCUGAAGCGCUGCUGAGUGAUACGCGGGGCAGGGUAACCGUAUAAGCGGCGGGAGCUGUGUCUCCCGCGUCCUGUUAUUCCCCUCUCGGCCCUGGGCACACGGCGCCGCUUGCUUCUUCCCCACCAGAGGGCCGAGCUGCGGGGAGGCGCGCCCGGCGAACAGGUUCUCCUCCAGCGCACGGAAAGCUGGGGCCGGCUGAGCAUGAAUGAAACCAGAGGGAGCCACGCCUGCAGCUCGGCUGAAGCAGGAAGUAUCCGAGCAGCAAAGAAGCAGCAGCCACGGCUGCGCUGAGGCAGUGCACUGCAAGCUGAUCUCCAGGCGCGAUUUUCUGGUCAACUCUUGUACUAGGUUGAGUGAAGAGCUAACCAUUCAAAGUGACAGAAAAUAUCAAAGAGGAGACCUAAAAGGAGAUCUGCUUAGUGUGACAUCUCUUCAGAACCAUUCUGAAAAGUGCAAGUACACGACAUUCAGAGCAUCUUUGAUAAAAAGCCUGAAUCCAGGACAAUCCUUUUCCAAAUAUAGCAUUUUGUCACCUAAAACCCAGAUCCUGGCAGUGAAGUAAAUGGCUCAACUUCCUCCUGGAGUUCGCUUCAUCGUUUUAUUUACAAGCGAUCAGUGGUGCAGGGCCUUCAUUUUUGUUCUUACCUUUUUGCUAUAUGCUAGUUUCCACUUGUCAAGGAAACCUAUUAGUAUAGUGAAGGGAGAACUACAUAAGCACUGUGCUCUUCCAAAUGAAGUUGAACUCAGCUCCUACAAAGAAUAUGCCAUCCCGAUUCAGCCUGCUAAAAAAUUUUCUAAUGAGUCUCAGUGUGGUUGGGAGCCAUUUGACAAGAACAAUUACAAGCAAUUACUGGGAGCCCUGGAUUACUCAUUUCUGUGUGCUUAUGCAGUUGGAAUGUAUUUGAGUGGUAUAAUAGGAGAGCGACUGCCUAUCCGGUAUUACCUAACAGCUGGAAUGCUUGCCAGUGGACUCUUCACGGCAAUGUUUGGGUUGGGCUAUUUCUGUAAUAUGCAUAACCUGUGGUUCUACAUGAUAGCUCAGAUAGCUAAUGGAUUGGUGCAAACCACUGGCUGGCCCAGUGUUGUUACCUGCAUUGGCAACUGGUUUGGAAAAGGAAGGAGAGGUUUGAUCAUGGGAAUCUGGAAUUCUCACACUUCCGUAGGGAAUAUCUUAGGAUCCUUAAUUGCUGGUUACUGGGUAUCUACCUGCUGGGGUCUGUCUUUUGUGGUUCCUGGUGUUAUAAUUGCUUGCCUGGGAACCGUUUGUUUUCUGUUUCUCGUUGAACACCCUAAAGAUUUAAGUUGCACUUGCAAACCAUCCAGUGAUCCAGCGAUGCAGUGUUUGCUUCCAGACAGAGAGAACUGCACAGUGCCACUGAACCAUAAUUUUGCAGUCACUGGGGAAGGUGGAACUAGAAUGUCAGCUGUAAGCUUCAUAGGCGCUUUGCGAAUACCUGGAGUCAUAGAAUUCUCUCUCUGUUUGUUGUUUGCUAAACUGGUCAGUUACACUUUCCUUUUCUGGCUUCCACUCUAUAUCACAAAUGUAGAGCAUCUUGAUGCAAAAAGAGCUGGGGAUCUUUCCACAUUGUUUGAUGUGGGUGGAAUCUUUGGUGGCAUUUUGGCAGGCAUGAUAUCAGAUAGACUGGAAAAAAGGGCUUCAACCUGUGGAAUGAUGUUACUGCUAGCAGCACCUGCCCUAUACAUGUUCUCUGCAAUCAGUAAAAUGGGCCUAGAAGCUACCAUAGUUAUGCUGCUUAUCAGUGGAGCCCUGGUGAACGGUCCUUAUGCGCUGAUCACAACUGCGGUCUCAGCUGACUUGGGUACCCAUAAAAGUCUGAAAGGAAAUGCAAGAGCCCUGUCCACAGUUACGGCUAUCAUCGAUGGAACAGGUUCUGUAGGUGCUGCUUUAGGGCCUCUGUUAGCUGGUCUCAUCUCUCCCUCUGGUUGGAAUAAUGUAUUUUACAUGCUAAUGGUGGCAGAUGCAUUUGCCUUACUAUUCUUACUCCGUCUUAUACGAAAAGAACUCCAGUGUAAGAUGGACCAGACCUUGUUUAAAGAACACUGAAUUAUGAUAUCUCAGACAUGGAAUUAAGGUCUUCAUGUGUGAUCAAAACUCCACCCUCAAAAGACUGGAAUAAAUUAUUCUGUAUUUGAAAUUUGUCUUGUGGAGCAUUUUGCACAUUUACCAGGAGAGGAUUGAGAAAUUCAGUUGGUGAAUUCCUGGUGAAGUUUUUUUGUUUUCUGUUUUUGUUUUGUUUCCUGUUUGCACAUGCAUCAAUCUCUCAGGAUGGUGACUGUUUAUCACAUGAAGAGACAGAAGUUUUGGGAAGCUGCUAGCUGUAUGCCUUAACUGAGCCAAAAGAGAAAUACCAAGUGCCUUUUGAUUCAUUUUGAUAGGAUAUUUUACGUAAAUCUUUAAACUGCUUAUUUUUAACAAAAUGGAAGGAGAUUUGAGAAUAGAGCGCAAAAAAGAAAAUGAACUCUCUUCAGAUGCUCCAGCAGUGGAAUGUGCCAAUGGUACUAGCAAAGCAUUUGUGAGCAAAGUGUCCUUUAAGAACAUAAGAGCGGUCACACUGGGUCAGACCAAUGGUCCAUCCAGCCCAGUGUCCUGUCUACCGACAGUGGCCAGUACCAGGGUCCCCAGAGGGAAUGAACAGAACAGGUCAUCCUCAAGUGAUCCGUCCCCAGUUGCCUAUUUAUGCCACAUCUUAAAAGAUAAGGUCAUCACACUCUAUGUGAAGGUACCAGCUGGCUCAGAUUCACUGCUAUUCAAUAUCCUGAAACAGUAAGAAAGUGGUUUGAGCAUAUUAUCAGACUUUAUCUACAGCACUAACUGAUCCUACACUGUAAACUCCCAAGGGCAGCAUUCUGCUCUUUUAUGUAUAAUAUAUUGGAACUUGUACAUAAGUAGUUACAAUGUACUGUGAAAAAGUAGCCUACACUGGCUCUCUGGAGGCGGAGUUUUGCUCAUUUGGGGUUGUCAGAAAAGGAUACUGAAACAACAAAGAGACUUAUUAAGGUGAAGCAUUUCUGUAAGGCGUUUGAAUGAUUUUGAGGGCAUUAUAUACUGGUUGAGCAAACGUCAUUGAAUUGUUUUGUUGUUAAGUCGAUCGGCUACUUUGGAGUUGCCGGUUAUUUUUAAUUGGGAGGGCAAAGGCGUGGUCUCAUCUGUGACUGAAGCUUUACUAGUUCCUUUUUUUUUUUUUUUUUUUUAAUGGGUGAACAAAAAAUUGAUCCUGGUUUAAACCCUGAUCCUGAAAUGGUGUUGAGUUCAAGCGCCCCCCUUGACUUCAAUGGGGCUGGAUGCCGAAGCAGGGAGGUUUAUAUUAUCCUGUAAGUGCAAGCGUUAGUGUUUUCAUAAUACACUGUUUCUUCUUGAUCUGACAGUUUUUAAUCUCCUUCCAAUAGAAGACAAGCUUCUGGUGAAUAUUUGUAAGAUGUACAAUAAUAUUAAAGGGAAUUUCUAUAAAAGAGAUGUUUAUGUGGACUAUAAAGGUUAAAUAGACUUAAACUGUAUAUUCUUAUAAUGUGUAUUUAUUAAACCUCUCUGUAACUGUU